CAAACAUUACCUACUUUCGCUUUUGAAGGAAGCUGAGUUUGCAAAUUAAAGUGUCAAGUUGAAACCUGUAACAUAACCUAACAAGCAGAACAAUGAAAAUGGCAACACGUUCUUACAUUACAAAUUCUUUCAAGUCUGUCAAGACUCCUAAAGGAAAAGACAAAAAGGAACCAACAAAUGAUGGCAAUCCAAGCACAAGUAAAACAGGUGUAGAAGAUGAAUUGAAAAUACUGAGGCAUUUUGAUGUCACAUUAGAAUUUGGUCCAUGUUCAGGUAUAACAAGAAUGGAAAGAUGGGAGAGAGCAGAUAAACAUGGCUUGAAUCCCCCAGUGAUUGUAAAGGAAAUCCUAAAUAAACAUUUACAUGAUGAAGAAUACACAGAAUGUCUUUGGAAAGACUAUCAACUUUAGAGAUACGGAAAGAAAAUCCACCCACCGUGAAGUGUUCCAAACAAGAGACAGAAAUAAACCCAAAUCUUUAUAAUAAUUUAUUGGUAUACAUGUAAAUUGGAAAUCCAUUUAAUCAUUCAGGCUAUGUGUCAUACUUGAAUCUUUUCUUUUUGACAGGUUCAAAAGUUGUCUACAUGGUCUAGUAAUCAGUCUUUCGCUUUUUAUCAAAAUGUUAUAGAUUGGAUUAUCACUACAGAAAAUAAUUAACAAUAAUGCAUGCAUUAUUAUGGAUAUAUUUUAGACUUCAUUUUGGGAGCUUUUAAAAAUAUUUUAGCCAUAGAAAAAUAUUUAUGAAUUUUAUACGCUUUGCAAUACAGUAUACUAUUAUGAUCUUAAAUGCACUCAUAAUGCUAAAGUAGCAUAUACCUGAUUACAGCUAUCCCUACAAGACAAUCUUUUUUUUUACCUUAUCUGGCAUGUUCCCCUCAAUAAGAGAUAGAAUUUGAGACUUAGUUUUCUAAAAAGUUAUGUCAAAUUAAUUAGUAUUGAGUAAAUUCAUAAAAGGAAAGUCUGUUUUAUAUGUCCUUUUAAAAUGUACAGUAAUUUUCAGUAAACACUUUUGUUAGUCAAAUAAUAAUCAUGUUAAAUGCUUAAGUUUAUGUCUCAGAAAAGGAUUUCUAUAAAAUUGAGAAUGGAAAUGGGGAAUGUGUCAAAAAUCUAUCUAGUGAACCAAAAAUGGAGGUAUUAGCAUGCUUAGACUUAUUAUAUUAUAAUUAUAAUUAUUACAUACAUACUUUUUAAUUUAAACAUUUGUUAUAAUUGUUGAUUUCUAUGACUUUGUUGUUGUACUAUUUAUUUUAUUUAUAAUGUUUGUUUUUUUGUAGAAUUCAUAUCAUAAGACAUUGAUGUAUUGUACAAUUAUUUUGACUAGUAAUCUUUUGUGAUGUUUUAUAGUAAUACACCUUCUGUGGUCUGAAACAUUUUUAUAGCUGUGUACAAAAAGUUUUAGUUUCAUUUACUUCAUCUUGUAGUUUAUACACAUUUCUCAUCACUAGGUCUCAUUAUGAUUUUUUUUUUUAUUUUGUAAAAAUUUAGCACAACCUGUGUGUAAUUGGGCAUUUGGUGGUUAUCAAAUGAAGUCAUUUAUUUAUGUUUGUUUCGAUUUUCUGUAAUAUCAACUCUAGUGUAUGUACUUUUCUCCUCAAUUGUGCCAAUCUUGAAUAUGAACAAAGAACAUGCUGGAUGCACAUUAAUGAAACAGUAACCAAAGGUCACACAAUAACAUCAAAGUAUAGUAAUAGUUUAAAGCCGUGGUUUCUUGUGAUCAAGGCACAGAGUAUCAAUAUCUGAAACUUACUGCAUUUAUGGUACUUUCUAAAUACCCAUGUUCUUUAUUAGAUAUAUUUAACAAUAUGAAUUUAUAUCAACUAUCAACAUAUGUUUAUUGCUUAUAUUGAUUUCUUCUUUUUCUGUAAUGUUAAAGAAAUACAUGUUUUUGUACCAUAACAAGUACUUUAGCAAAAGCUUCAGUUAAAGCAUGUAGAAUGUUGGUAAAAUUGAAGACUAAGUUUUGAUGAAAAGUUCUGUCAAAUUCUAGUAGUAUUGAAUAAAUUAACAAGGGGUUAGUUUCUCUUACAAUGUCCUUUUACAAUUUUUCUGUUAGUCAAAUAACAAUUAUGUUAAGUGUUUAAGUUUAUGUUUUAGGUAAAGUUUUUAAUCUAUCUAGCAAACCAAAAAUGUUCGUAUAAGUAUGCUUAGACUUUUAUAUCUAUGUAUUGCAGAAGUCGUAUUACAUAUUGGGUACCUAAUUUAUAAUUUUGAUAUUUGUUAUGAUUGUUGAUAUCUAUCACUUUGUAAUUGUGUUAUUUAUUCCCUUUGUAGAUGUUUGUUUUUUUGUAGAUUUUGAAUUAUUAGACUUUAAUAUAUUGUACAAUUAAA